CGAGUUGCGUGUUCGAUGGUUUAGUUGGCGUUCGGUAUUAGAUUUAAAUUCACUUGCGUUCAUGUAGUCAACUCGCCAUAUUUUACCAUUUAAAAAGGCAAUAUUUUCUUUAUUUAUUAUUUCAGUUUAUUGGCAUGUAGUUUAAGUUUUAAAUCAAAUUGAUAAAAUGUCUAACAAGUUAUUUUGGGUCAGCGAGGGCGACAUGAAAGGGCAAAAAGUGACCCUAAACGAGGAACGAGAUUUCGUUACGGACAAAUCAGAGGACGGCCUUAGUAAAUCAGUGACCUACAAGAUACCUGUUGAAGCAGAAGUGGAUCGAGGCGGAUGGGGCCACAAGUUAGACUUUUUAAUGUCCUGCAUCAGCUUGUCUGUCGGCUUGGGAAAUGUAUGGAGAUUUCCAUACCUAUGUUAUAAAAAUGGAGGAGGAACUUUUCUGGUUACCUAUUCAGUAGCAAUGGUAGUAUGUGGAAUACCCCUUUUCUUUCAAGAAGUCGCAAUCGGUCAAUACUUGGGCUCCGGUGGAAUGACAUUUGUAGGACACCUUUGCCCUAUCCUGAAGGGAGUAGGCUUCGCUACCAUGACUAUAGUUUUCCUCUUAGAUGUUUAUUAUUGUAUAAUUAUUGCCUGGACACUAUUUUAUAUUAUAAGCACCUUCUCUUCUUUACCUGAGCUGCCUUGGGAUGGAUGUGGGAACUGGUGGAAUACUGGAGAUUGCUUCGUUGGAGGUAGCAACAUUUCUCUAAUUGCUAAUAUAUCUUCUACAAAUAAAUCAUCGCCAGUGGAGGAGUUUUUUGACCGAAAAGUAUUAGGAAUAUCGCAAAGUCUAGAAAAUUUAGGAGGCCUACAAUGGAACCUUUUCGUUUGUCUAACCAUAGGCUGGCUAAUGGUUUAUUGCAUAAUAAGAAAAGGAUUACAUCAAAGCGGAAAGAUUAUUUGGUUUUCAGCGCUUUUCCCUUACGUCAUUUUAUUUAUCAUGUUAGUAAGGGCUGUCACGUUAGAUGGUGCAGCAGAUGGUUUACUCUACUAUGUUACACCUCGGUGGGAGAAGCUGCUUACUUCAGGUCCAUGGAUGGAUGGAGCAUCACAGAUAUUUUUUGCAUAUAGUAUUGGUUGUGGUGCUUUACCAGCUUUAGGAUCCUAUAAUAAAUUUCAUCACAACUCUUACAAGGAUGCAAUAAUAACAUGCGUUGUCAACACUGCGACCUCAGUGCUGGCAGGAAUAGUGACCUUUUCCAUUCUGGGUCAUCUCGCACGUGAACAAAAUGCAGACGUGGGAGACGUGGUUAAAAGUGGGCCCGGAUUAGUAUUCCUUACUUAUCCGGAAGUCGUCUUAAAGCUACCCGGAGCUCCGUUUUGGGCUGCCACAUUUUUCAUUAUGUUGCUGCUUCUGGGCAUCGACAGCGCAUUUUGUCUAGUGGAAUCAUUUAUUACGGGCCUGAUAGAUAAUUGGUCGACACAGCUGAGGCCGCAUCGCCAAACCUUUACAAUGGCCGUUUGUAUCGUAAUGUUUCUAUUGGGAAUCCCAAUGGUCACCCACGGUGGAAUGUACAUAUUUCAACUAAUGGAUUACUAUUCUGCCAGUGGAAUGUCACUACUAUGGGUGUGUUUCUUCCAAACAGUCGCUAUUUCGUGGGUAUUUGGCGUUGAAAAGUUGUGCGACUGCAUCGAACAAAUGAUGGGAAUACGGCCCAAUCUAUUUUGGAAGUUUUGUUGGAAAUACUGUGCACCUACCGUUAUAGCUGUGAUAUUUGUGGAACAAUGCCUGGAAUACGAAACGUUAACAUAUGGAGAUUACAAGUAUCCCUUAUGGGCCAACAUUAUUGGAUUAGGGAUUAGCUUUUCUUCAAUGUUUUGGGUGCCUGCCUACGCUGUUUACUAUGUCAUAACACAGCCUAAUUCACUUUUACAGAAUCUUAAAGCUGGAAUAGUUCCUAUUAUCAAGCAAAGAAAGAUAUCAAUCUGUGAUAAGUCCACGAGCCUGUUGAUUACGCAAAGUAAAGUUGGACUUAUUAGCCCAUCUACUUCGUUAGUUCAAGCAAAAAAACCUGAAGUAUAAGAAAAGAGAGUUUAAUUCGAUAAAUUUAAAAAAAUAUUAGCUUAGACGUUAAAUAUCUCCUCAAUAGUGUUUUCUUCACCAAACUUAAAUAAGCUUCAGUAUUACUAGCCAAUUAUUGUCUCCCUACUAGAAUAUUCUUAUUAUAGCUUUUCCUAAACUAAUAGGCUGUUAUAAGUAUUAUAAGCAUAGAAACCUAACAACCUGUGAUUAAAUUUAAUUUUUAUGUAAAUAAAACUA